AGUGCAGCAACAUAACACAUCCAGCAGUCAUGUCAUCAAAGUGGCUCAUGUUUGUUGCCCUGGUGGCAUUGCUCAGCAUUGGCACUGGCACCUCUGCCAAGCCAAGGAGGUCUACAAUCCAAGCCAGACCCGCCUUAGAGCAGAUAAGUCGCCUUCAGCGUCUGAAUGCCAGGUAUUAUGCCGUUCAGCAGGAUGAAGAGGAUGGCGAUGAUAUCCUGGAGCACGAAGAGGAUCUAGCCAACGAUGGUGAGGAUGGUGAUGAGGAUGGGGAGGAAGACGACGAAACCAAGGCUGAGGAGCAGGAGGAGAUGGAUGGCCAAGUGGAUGCAAAAAAGUUGACCUCAAACACCAAUACCUCACCCGUAAAGGCACAGACUGGAGUGAAGCAGCAGCAGGUAGAGGAGGAAGAGGAGCUGUCCCCCCAGGAUCUCGAGGCGCUCAAGGAGCUCGAGAACGAGGCCGAGGACGAGGACGAGGAGGAACCGCAGGCGGAAAUCGAUCUGGCCCGCGCCGAGCCACGUAAUCGCCGGCGAGGUGGCAGGCGCAACGGCGGGGGCGGACGCAGGGGGCGUGGCAAGAAGAACAACCGCCGAAGGGGCAACCGCAGGUGCGGGGGCAAGGGAAGGCGCGGUCGCCGUGGCCAACGCAGACGCUCUCCAUCAAAGCGCAGUGGCAACAAACGACGAACGGGCCAGAAAACAAACAGCAACCGACAGGGCCAGAAAAACAAAACAGCCAAGAAGCCAGAUGCAGCGCCAUCCACAAAAGUGGCCUAAACCUGAGUGGCCUGCCAACUCCCACCCUUAAAUGCAGCUUUAAAAUUCAUUUAAACGGCAGCAAAACCCCAAAUAAAUAACAACAACUA